UUUACAUUUGAAUUAUUUUGAUUCCUUUUGAGAAGUGUUUGUACACUAUUUGUGUUUCAAUUCUUGUGAAGUGUUGCUCUUCAAUUUUUUGUGGUUCAAAGCACAACAAUCCAUGGAAGACGCAAGUGCCAAGGAACAAGAAGAAGACAAGUUGGACUUUUAUGACGACCUGUUUCGCGACGCUCCAGAGAUAGGAAACAACGGAGUUGAAGCUGACUUUACUAGAGCUGCUCAAGGACUGGAGAGUGAACAGCUGGAAAGCGUUGCCGAAACACAGCCUACUGACCCUUUGAAGACCGCAGUUUCUGUAAGUGGUCUAGGUUGGUGGUUUACCGACGAAGAAUUGGAACAAUUAGCGUGUGACUCUAACAAAGGAGUUGUCCCACGAAAGGCACUCAAAGAAAUCAAGUUUUGUUAUGAUAUUAUCAAUGGAAAGUCGAUAGGUGACGCCUAUUUGAUCUUUGAAAACUCCAAAAUGGCGCAAGAAGCAGAAAGAAAUCUACAAUCUCACGACUUUGGCAGAAAGGUCAAAGUUGAGUUGACCACAGAAGAAGUGGCUCAACAAGAAACAGAGUGGGCUUCGAAAAGGCCUCAAUGGAAACACGCUCAUACUCGUUAUCAAUCUCAAGGAAGAAGAAACCCUUCCCAAAAGGGCGCUUUUGAACAGUCGUAUUAUAGAGGACAAGGUGCAAAUGGUCCAUUUCCAGGAAAUGCAGCUCACUUUACCCAAAAGCUUCCUCCUUCGCAAGCCGCAACUAUGUCAGCUCCUCCAGCCUUUCCUUUCUUUACACCCUUUGGAUUUCCAGCUUUCCCUGGUAUGCCUGGUAAUAUGGCUGGUCGUGGAAAUCAGUUGGGAUCCAACAUUAUGGCAGCUAAUACAGCUUUUGGUGCAAAUAAUGCUACGAAUAGCAACAAUAGUAAUAACUUGCCUACAGCAAGAGCCAAUCAGCCAGACAGCUCUUUCUUCCCACCAGGAUUUCCUCCGAUUCCUCCACACUUGUUUGGUUAUCCUCCAUUUUCGGGUAUGCCUUCAGGAAGUGGCUUUCCUGGCUCUUAUACUAGCGCUUCAGCUACAACUGGACCUUUUGGAAAUACUCCUUUGAAUGAACCGGAUUCAAGUGCCAUUCAAUCCAAUAUGCCAGUCUCAUCUGCUUCCAGUCGAUUUACGGGAGAUAAAGAUAUUGAAGCAAAAGAAGAACAAAGUGAACAUCCAUCAGUCGUUUAUUCCAAGAAUCGUGAAACAAGAACCAAACAAGAUCAUUCACAACGAAGGUCAAGUAGAGACUCUUCUAAAAGUGAGCCAAGCAGCAGUAGCCGAAAGAGUGGUGACUCAAGAAGUAGGUCAGAACGUCAUUCCAAGAGACACAGUCACCAUGAGAAGAAGCGAAAUCGUCAUGACAGCGAUUCGGAAGAUGAUUCAUUGCGUCAUAAUCGCUCAAGUCGACGCAAAUAUCGAGGAGAUGACCAUUCCAGAGACAGAUAUGAAAAAUAUUCCAGGCGGAGUUCUCAUGAAGAACGUCGAGGUAGAUAGGUUAUCCAUUUGUACAAUUUUAUAGUUACAGAAAUGGUACAAAAUAAUAAAUCACGUCAGACAAUA